CUGGAAUAUAGAGAUGAAAUAUGACUUUAUAAACUCUAAAGUUUUAACAUGCUGGAACAAGUCUGAAGACCCUGAUCUGUCUACUUCCCAAGUCUGCUCAGCCAGGACUCUCAUCUGUGGGAACUCAGCCCAACAUAUUACUGUGAGAUCAGAUAGGACCAGCGUGGGCCUGGAAGCUUGUGGUGGUUCUUUUCACCCACUGUCUGGGUGCAGAAGAGGGAGAGUUCCUGUCCUGAGAGAGAGAUUGCUUCUGAUAUCCUCUCCAGCCACCACAUGUAUGGUUUGCCAAAAGUUUAAGAAAGGUCAUUGUUUACUUGGCAAAGGCAGUUGCACUGCGGAGGUAGGCCAAGGAUGCAGAACCAGAGAUUUCUUCAUUUUCUGGGAUAAAGGUAACUCUACUGAAUGUGAAGCCCAGCUCUCCUGUCAGGAGCUGCUCCUGUCUCCAGGGGCUCUACUGGGGAUCACUGAGUGUCAAUGUCUUCCUCUUCCAGUGGGGUGGUUCCUCAACAACACUGAAAUGGACUGUUUUGAUUAUUGUUCACCUAUGAGUUUCUACUUUGAGGGACUGAAGAUUUCAACCUUCUGCUGUAAAGGUCAAGACUUCUGUAACAGAUACCAAGGGCAAUCAUCGCAGUGGAAGCCAAAGUAACUCGAAGUUCUUGGUCAGGUGUGGUGUCCGCUUACCCGUCCUCAACCUUGCAGCUCUGGCCAAAAAUCAC